AUGCAACUCAAGGAACUACGAGAAUUACCCAAUUCAUUAGUAACCCUAGUAGAAUUAAAUGAUAUAGGUAAACCUGUUACAGAUGAAUUUAUUGCUAGAACUAAAUUUGAUCACUUAAAUAUCUGUAUAGAGCAUAAUGAUGAAUUUGAAAGUAAUUUAAAGAGAUUUGUUCAAUUCAUGCAAGAUAAUCCUAAAAAAUUUGAAGAAGUUGAAGAUAUUGGAUAUCAUAUACAUUUUGCACCCGGACGGAAAUGGAAAGACUAUAAACAAUCAGAAAUUGAUCAAUAUAAGGAAUUUCUUGAUACUUUGGCUAAAGUUGGAGGUGAUAAAGUUACUCAUAGUUCUGUUGUAAAUAAGUAUGAUAUGGAUACAGUAUAUUUAACAGAAAAGAAUGAAUUAGCUAAAUUAGGUCAAGAGAUUCAAGAUGAUAUAUCACGAUGGAAAAAUUUGAAAGUAUUAGACUAUGGAGAAAGUAGUAUAAGAUUUUUACCAGGAGUUAAACUUCCAGAUAGUUUAGAAGUAUUAAAUAUAGGUGGUGGAUAUGCAUUAGAAACUUUGACAGGAUUUAAGAUACCACCAAAUUUAAGAACAUUAUUGGCUGGCCAAGGUUCUGUUCAUAAUAUAGAUAGUAUUAAAUUUCCAGAUAGUUUAGAACGUCUAGAACUUGAAGAUAAUAAGAUUUAUUUCUUAAAUUAUGCAGAAUUCCCAUCAACUUUAAAACAUCUUGAUAUAUCUCAAAAUAGAAUUGAAAGUUUAAGAGGAGUAGUUUUCCCAAAUAAUUUAACAUCUUUAAAUAUAGGAUUUAAUCCAAUUGAUUCAAUAAAAGGAGUUAAAUUUCCUGAUAAUUUAAGUCAUUUAGAAAUAUCUAAUAUACCAAAUGAAUCAAUGACAGGAGUAAAGUUUCCUGAUCUGUUACAAGUACUUAAUCUUCAAACAUCAAUGACUACUACUAGAGGUUUAAAAUUACCUCCAAAUGUUAAAACAUUAAUACUUGCAGGAAAUGGAGUUAAUAGUAUUAAUCCUUUAAAAUUAUCUAAUUCAAUUGAAGUAUUAUAUUUAAAUGAUAAUAAUAUUAAGACUUUAAAUAAAGUAAUAUUUCCUAAUGCAUUAAGAGAAUUAUAUUUAGGAGAUAAUUUAUUAACAACAUUAAAAAAUGUUAAUUUCCCAUCAACAUUAGAAGUUUUAGAUUUGGAAAAUGACCCAGAUUCAGAAGAUCAUGAUAAACAUAUUACAACAUUAAAGGAUGUAAUAUUUCCACCUCAUUUAAAAGUUUUAAAAUUAGGUUAUCAUUCAAUUAAAGUAGUAGAAGGAAUUGAUUUACCUGAAAGUCUUACAUGUUUAAGUCUUUCUUAUAAUGAUCUUCGAGUUAUAAGAAAUGUCAAAUUUGGUAAUAAAUUAAAAUUAUUAGAUUUAAGUGGUAAUCCUGAUAUAUCAAGUUUAGAUAAUUUGGAUAUACCUGAUUCAGUAACUGAAUUAAGAAUUUCAGCUGAACAAAUAAGAAAUUUACCAGCUUAUAUUGUUGAAAGGGCUAAUAAAAAACAAUUAUUGAUUAAGAAAUCAGUUGUACAAAGUUGA